ACCACACCGCGCUCUCUCCUCUUCCUGCACACACACACUCUCUCUCUCCUCUCCUUCUUUCCUCCUCCUCUCUUCCACAACGCCCCCCCCCCUCCUCUCUGUAUGAGCCGAUCAGACCCGUGCUGUGGAUGGACAGAGGCAGAAGGGGAGCUCAGGAUGCGGGUUGUCGGUGCGGGGCGUGUGUCUGUGCUGGGAAUCCGUCACUGAGCUAGCUGAGCACUCUCCUCUCCCUCCACCUCCUCCUCUCCUCCCCAUCCUCCUCAUCCUCCUCCUCCUCCUCCUCUCCGACAUCAUGGCCAAGCAGUACGAUGUGCUGUUCAGACUGCUGCUGCUCGGAGACUCAGGAGUCGGGAAGACCUGUCUGUUAUGCAGAUUCACAGACAACGCGUUUCAUCCCUCACACAUCUCCACCAUCGGAGUGGACUUUAAAAUGAAGACAUUAGAGAUCGAUGGAAUCAAAGUGAGAAUACAGAUAUGGGACACGGCAGGACAGGAGCGAUAUCAGACCAUCACUAAACAGUACUACAGACGGGCGCAGGGAAUAUUUCUGGUGUACGACAUCACGAGUGAGCGAUCCUUUCAGCACAUCAUGAAAUGGGCGAGUGACGUGGACGAGUACGCUCCUGAGAAAGUGCAGAAAGUGCUGAUCGGAAACAAAUCUGACGAGGAACACAAAAGACAAGUGGCCACAGAGCAGGGAAACAAGCUGGCUAAAGCUUAUGGAAUGGACUUCUUCGAGACAAGUGCCUUUACCAAUCACAACAUCACAGAGUCCUUUACACGAUUAGCUGAGCUGGUGUUACAGGCUAAUAAAAAGGACCUGGAUCUCCUUCGGGUUUCCGUCAACGACCAGCUGGAUCUGUCAGCCCUAGAGGAGGAGGCGGGAGUGUGUGAUGGCAGCAGGAAUGCCCAAAAGUCCUGCUGGUGCUGAGGACAGGAAGUGACAUUUUCCAUCAAUACAUUUUCCCUUCUUACCCACUGUCACUUUGGCGGAUUAUUUUUUUCCUCUCAGUUUGGUGCCUUUCAGUCUCAUCACGAACGAACGAACGUAUGAACGAAUGAACGAAUGAACGAAUGAAUGAAUGAAGUCUAAAGACUUUGUUAAAAUCCUCUUUACAUUCAGGAAGCCUAAAUAUCCAUCAUGGGUCAGGUGACUAGCUAGCGACAUCGUGACAAGUUAGUAGCAGAGUCAGUUAACUAGUUAGUGUUAGCAUCAUCUGUUUUAAUGUUUCAGUUAACGAGUGUUCUAUUUAAAUGACGACGGUGGAGACCUGGUCCGGACCGGCCGUGAGGGCGAGCUCAGAAGAUUACUCGUUUAUUACUCGUUU